CAAUGCGCUUUCGAGGUGGCAGAUCAUCAUCAGCGACCAUGGAACGUGUUGCAAGUGAUGAUAUGCAAACGAUUACGCAACGCAAUCGAUCACCACCGCGAACGCCAUUCUUAUCGGCAUUAUGGCGACGUCAAAGUAAAACGGACAGCGGACAGGGAAAAUUUAAGGAAGAGCGUCGCAUCAUUGUAUUUGGUGCGGCCAAAGUGGGCAAAUCCACCAUUGUUAAGCAGUUUCUAUUCGAUCAAUUCACGAAAAAGUACAUAAAAACUGUGGAAGAUUUAUAUGUGGCCGAUUAUAAUUUGUCCAGUGGUGAAUCGUUACGAUUGGAAAUACUCGACACAACCGGCUCGUAUCAAUUUCCAGCGAUGCGAUCGCUGUCUAUAUCGAAUGGACAUGCAUUUCUACUCGUUUAUUCCGUUGACAACGAGGAUUCGUGGAAAGAAAUCGAAAAUUUACGACGUCAGAUAAUUUAUGUACGUGGGCUCGAUGUACCAAUUGUGAUUGCUGGCAACAUAUUUGAAAACAAUGGCAAUGAACGCAUGGUGGACCGUGAUUUGGUGGAGAAAACCGUAAAACGUUGGCGAUGCGGCUACAUUGAAUGCAACGCCAAAGAAAAUGUGAAAAUUGUUGAAGUGUUUGAAAAGAUUUUGAAUCAAUCCAACAUUGAGUACGAUUUAAUUGAAGCGGUUAGCCGACGUCGACGUUCAUUUCCCGUGUACUCGGAUAAACAUCAUUCGGACAAGCAUCGCAUCAAACAAACCAACGAAAAUGCAUGCAAAUUAACUUAAAUUUUUCAUUCACUUUGUUGGUUAUGUUUGCUUUGAAUGGAUUUAUUCGCUCGAGUUACGCUCUAUUUUUUUUCUUUUCUUAAAACUGAAACCAAACAAUAACACGCAAGUGCAAGAUUAAGCACAAAUCAAAAGGGGAACAAUAUCCAUUCGGAAGUGAAUUAUUUCGGAGUAAAAAGGGAAAAGAAGGAGAUCAGGACAGAACAUCUAGUGAAGAAAGAACAUUUAAGAGAGAACAGCAUAAAAGAAGAAUGGAAAAGGAAGGAUCGAAAAAACAAAGAAAUAUAAGGAAAUGGGCUUCUGUUGAGGAGCUUGAAUUGAGCAAUUUAUAGACCAUUUGUUUUAGUAUAUGAUAUACUGUAUAUCGCUCAAUGAACUGCAUUUUCGGAUAACCGUUUAAUCUCCGAUUUGCUACUGAAUUAUCAGCUACCGCAUGCUUUCUCAUCGAACUUUCAAACGUUUAUCAAUCGAUUAAUCUUAAAAUCGAGAUAAAAAUAUAUUUAAAUCCAUUUUGCCGCUGUAUUUCAACGAUUGUUCCACGUAUACAUUUUUUUAAAUCAAAUAUCUUACAAGAACAAACAAUAUAUCAACAACAACAAGAAAACCGUUAAUGUCAUAAAUGUUAGAAUUUAAUUCAUUUAUCUUCAAAAAAACAAAAAAACUAUUUACCUUAUGCAGUGUUUUAACUCACUGUUCCCCUAAAAAUGAUUGAACCGAUUUAACGAAAUGUGUAUUUUAAUCUAAAACAAAAUCGAAUGCGAAUUUGAUUCACAAUUUUGAAAUAGUAGAAAAAUUAUCAAAGCAUUCGAAGUUUGGAUUGAAGAUUAGAAUGCAGCGAUUAAAAUCGGGCUAAUGUUUAAAAUGAGCACUAAUAAAUUGUACGUUUUCCAAUGGAAAUAUGACUCUAUACCGUACACGAAAUGUGGAUCGAAAUUCGAUCAUCGAAUUCAUUCAAAAUUCCUUCGCAUGAAACUUGCACUCGCAAACACACAUACACAAGCAUCGAAAGUGCCCAAUCGAAGUAUACAGCGCCUGUUGAGUUAUAAACGUACGUGAAAGGCACAAAAUAUGUACCCACAGAAAAAUGGAAGUUGAAAAUUUUACCUCGUAAAGUCAAUAUAGACAGUCCAAUCCACGAGAGAGACAAAACACAUUUUUUUUUAACCAUUUCGUGGUCAAAACGUAUAGCAACGUCAAUAACUAUGUAUUCUUAUGACGUUUAUAUGCAUUUUGACCACGAGAAGGUUAAAAUAAAAACGUUUUUUCUCUUUCAUGGACUGGAUUGUCUUGAACCGUGGAUUGGACUUUAUGGAGUUAAAUUUUCAUCUUCCAUUUUUCUGUGAGUACUUUGGUUUUUCUGUGAGUCUGUACAUAGUUUUGGGCAAUAAGAUGUAAUAAUACAAACAAUCAGAGCGAAGCUAUGUGAAUGUAGACAGCCUAUAUUUGACUCCCCAUAAAAUCAUCCUUCAUGCUCGACUCCGAAGUAGAGCUUUGCCAAGGAAUUUUUUGAUGGACAUAUGAAUAUUCCGUGUGUGGCGAAUUUUUUGAGCAAAUUCUUUUGUUAGAGUCACAAAAAAAGCUCACCAUUCAUUGGCAUUGUUGUGGGAAAAAUUGACGAGGAGAAAAAGCGUUCGAAAAAUGGAGCCUUUCUGUCGCAAAAAAAAAACCAGAAGAAAAACACAAAGUUAAAAUUUUGGAAAUUAACCCCAAACAAAUUGUUGAAUGUGGCUAAAAAAAACAAGCGCAUCGCUCACAUCCAUUUGCAAAAUGGACAAAAUUAUAGUUCAUUUAAAAUGAAGCUGACAUGAAAUGCGCUGAGAAUAAAUCAUUGAGACUUUGUUGUAAGUGAUUGGCAAACACUGACUUUUGUAAAAAGAGGAACUUGAAAAAGUACACAAAAAAAGUGAUCGGAUUCGAAUUCCCCUCAAGAAGUGAACCAUUCAAGUUCCGGUUUUGCAAUCAUUUAUCGCCCAUCACUUACGGCACAGUCCGAAACUUAUUCUCAUUUGAUUUUCUACUGAAAACAAUUUACUAUGCCGAUGAAAUAGUUUAAUAUGUAGUUUGUAGCCAAACAUAUUGGUUAAGUUAAAAACAAACAACGGUUAUUUAUUGAUGUAUAUCGCGUUCGAAGAUCGAUUGAGAGCGAUAAAUUCGUAGAACAUUUUGAACACAAAAUAUUAUUUUCAAAUUUGAUUUGAUUGGCAAACGGAUUUGAUGCACACAUUUUUGUCGAUAUUUAUGUUUUGUUUUUCAUUUCUCCACUUAAAAUUGGAGCAGCGGUGUUGGUGAAAACACUUCAAACGCCUUUGGCCUGAACAUUUGAAAUUAUUAGCUAGUUUAUAAAUCUAUGUAAAUUUUAAAAUUAAAAAAGAAAAAAGAAUAUUGUGAUAUUGAGUGAAUUAGAAAUUAUCAAUCGUGUUCAGCGUUUAAUUUGAAGAAAAACCAAAGGCCAAAUCAGAAAUAUCUAUUUUGGAAAUAUGAAAAAAAAAAAAAAAAAACAGUAAUGUGAAUGUGUGUAAAAUGAGGAUGAAAUAAUAUUUAAAAUAAAAAUCAAUUUUCCGUAUCAGAGGAGCGACCAAAUAUUUUUGUACACAAAAGAAAAAAAAAUCGUAGCUGGAGAGCAAUAGAGCAUCAAAUAGAUUUAUGAAAAAAAUGAAACAGGGGAACAAUCGUGUUUAACAGUAUUAAUGGCUAUCAAAUAAGAUCAAAUCAGUGUUUGAAGGCACACGGAAGUCCUUUAGAGGAUCCACUUCACUUGUCACUAGAUAAAAUAUUAUUAUAAUAAAAUGUGUGUUUGUUGAGUUGUCAAAUGGAAAAAACUGAACUCUAAAAUAAACGACAAAUUCAAAAAAUGAACAACCAAAUCUAUCAUUUUUCAAUCUAUCAGAUCAAUUACAUAUGUUAAUAAAAAGCUACUUCUUCUUGUCAUCGAACAUGUUAUUUUUCUGAAGAAAAAAAAGUUCGAACGAAAUAAAAACAAAUUAUUGACGAACAAUUGUAAUGGUUUCUCUUCUAGACGCAAUUCGUCCUCUAGCUCUGGAGAAUCAGAAUUUCUGAUAUGCUAUACAUUUUCCCUCUGAAUGUUGAUUCAAGUAUAAAAAAGUAGGACUCGUUAUUUUUAUAGAUACAACCAAACACACAUAUUUAUCUCCUCGUCGACUUUUUUCGACUAAGGCACGACUUAAGGCUCUAAUUGGAAUGGGAAUAGAUAAAAAUCGUUUUGCCAUUGAUUAUCAGUCAGGGCUUCUGACUCAGAAAAUGUUGCAACAUACUUUUUUUUUCAAUCGAAAACCAAUGAGAGACAUCCAAAUUGAUUUUACCGAAGACAAUAUGGCCAAAAUGUUGGCGGUUAUCGUAAACCACACUCACAGCAAUUUCCGUUUAAACUUCGAGUUUUUUUCUCCAAAUAUGAGUAGAAUACAUAAACUCCAUAACGGAUUAAGUGUUUGUAUGAGUGUAUUUCAUAAUGGUAUGCAAUAUUACACCACAAUGAAAUACCCUCAUACAAACACUUACUCCGUUAUGGAUUUUCAAAAAAAUGUUCGGACGGACGGACGGAUUUGUCCGUUGACACCUCUAAAAAGGAAUCGAUGUUUUUUUCUCUCUUCAAUUCAAUAAAUAUUUUGAUUACGGCCAUGUGAAUAGCGAAUAUUAUUGCAGGCCGUCAUGUGACAUGAAUAAAAAUCAAUUUUACGAUUACUAAUUUGCAUGCAUACAAUUCGAACCAUCGAAAUGGAUGAACAAAAAUACUAUUAUACAAAUGAUUGAGAGGAAAUAAACAUGUUAUAUU